AUGCACCGUGUCCUGGCGGGCGGCCCCAGCAUCUUGAAGGAGAAUGCCAGCGAGGAGAGGGGCGAAAACGCGAGGCUCCAGGCGUUCAUCGGAGCGAUAGCCAUCGGCGACCUCGUGAAGUCCACGCUGGGCCCCAAGGGCAUGGACAAGAUUUUGCAGCCCAUGCCCGGACAAGGCGCCCAGGGCCAAGCGACCGUGACAAACGACGGCGCGACCAUUCUGAAGUCCAUCUGGAUCGACAACCCCGCUGCGAAGAUCCUGGUGGACAUUUCGAAGACCCAGGAUGCAGAGUGCGGGGACGGCACCACCUCCGUCGUCGUCCUGGCGGCGGAGAUGCUCCGGAACGCCCAGGUGCUUGUGGAGCAGAAGAUGCACCCGCAGGUCAUCAUCAAGGGCUACCGCCUGGCGCUGGCCACAGCGCGGGAGACGCUCGAGGCCAUGGCGCAGGAUAACGGGUCCGACCCGGUCGCGUUCCGGGAGGACCUGCUGAAGAUUGCGCGGACGACUCUGAGCUCAAAGCUGCUGAAACACGAGAAGGACCACUUUGCUACGCUGGCGGUGGACGCGGUGCUGCGGCUGAAGGGUAAGCCUAAUUUGGACUAUAUCCAGGUCAUCAAGAAGCCAGGAGCGUCUCUAAAGGAUUCUUUCUUGGAGGAGGGGUUCAUUCUCGAGAAGAAGAUCUCGGUAGGACAUCCCAAGCUGCUCAACGACUGUAAGAUCUUGGUGGCAAACUGCCAGAUGGACACGGACAAAAUCAAGAUCUACGGUGCCCGCGUCAAGACUGAUUCUUUCGAGGCCGUCGCGGAGAUUGAAAAGGCCGAGAAAGACAAGAUGAAGACCAAGGUGGAGAAGAUAUGCAAGCACGGCUGCAACGUGUUCAUCAACCGCCAGCUCGUCUACAAUUACCCCGACCAGCUCUUCAAGGACAACGGGGUCAUGGCCAUCGAGCACUCGGACUUUGAGGGCAGCGAGCGCCUGGCGGCGGUGCUUGGCGCCGACAUCGUGUCCACGUUCGACAACCCAGAGCAGGUCAAGCUCGGCCAGUGCAGUCAGAUCUCCGAGAUGCUGAUUGGCGAGGACAAGGUCAUCAAGUUCUCGGGCUGCUCGCAGGGCGAGGCCUGCACCAUCAUUCUGCGCGGCGCCUCCACGCACAUCCUGGACGAGGCCGAGCGCUCCCUGCACGACGCGCUGGCCGUGCUGUACCAGACCGUGCAGGAGACGCGCGUUGUCUACGGCGGAGGGUGCUGCGAGAUGGCGAUGUCGAAGGCGAUCAUGGAGAAGAUGGGCCAGGUGGAGGGCAAGGAGCAGAUGGCGAUGGAGGCCUUUGGGAAGGCCCUGCAGCAGAUACCGACGAUCCUGGCGGACAACAGCGGGUACGACUCCGCCGAGCUGGUCGGCCAGCUGCGUGCGGCGCACGCCAGGGGGCAGGGCUCGUACGGCCUGGAGUUCACCACCGGCAGAGUCGCGGACAUGGCGCCGCUGGGCAUCAUGGAGUCCUUCAGGAGCAAGAUCUCUCAGCUCUGCUCCGCGGCGGAGGCCGCCGAGAUGAUCAUCCGCGUCGACGACAUCAUCAAGAACGCGCCCCGCCAGCGCGAGGGAGGCAUGUGA